AUGGCACAAAAUGUAUUUAUUGUAGCUGCAAAACGAACGGCUUUCGGCGCUUUUGGUGGCUCUCUGAAGAACUAUACAGCAACUGAACUUGGUGGAAUAGCUGCAAAAGCAGCUAUUAAUACUUUGCCGAAGGAUGUUCCAAUUGAUUCAGUGAUAUUCGGUAAUGUUUGUCAAACCGAUAAUGCUGCAGCUUAUUUAGCUCGUCAUGUUAGUCAUCGCGCUAGUUUACCUACUCACGUACCAGCAUUGACUAUAAACCGAUUAUGUGGUAGUGGGUUUCAAUCAGUUAUUAAUGCUGUCCAAGAAAUUCGCGUUGGCGAUUCAAAUAUUGUGUUAACUGGUGGUACGGAAAGUAUGAGCAGAUCUCCUUAUACUCUUAGUGAUGUACGUUGGGGAACUCGUUAUGGAGUAGACCUUAAGUUAGAGGACUCAUUAGCUGCAACUCUAGUUGAUCAAUAUCCUACAAAGACACCUAUGGGUAUUACGGCUGAAAAUUUGGGCGAGAAAUACAAUAUUACUCGUGAACAAGCAGACGAAUACGCGCUUAGUAGUCAAAAACGUUGGGCGGCUGCCAAUGAAGCUGGGCGAUUCAAAAAAGAAAUUGUCCCGAUUGAAAUUAAGACAAAGAAGGGUGUUCAAGUAUUUGAUACAGAUGAACACCCUCGUCCCAACGUCAAUAUUGAAUCACUGGCAAAGCUUCCUUCAGUGUUUAAAAAAGAUACUGGUCUCGUUACUGCUGGUAAUGCGUCCGGUAUAAAUGAUGGAGCAGGAGCAGUAAUUGUUGCUGGCGAGAAUGCCAUAAAGAAAUAUAGCUUAACUCCUUUAGCGAAAAUCGUUAGUUAUAAUGUAACGGGUGUUGAGCCUACUAUUAUGGGAAUCGGACCGGUUCCCGCUAUAAAGAGCGCUUUGGAAAAAGCCAAUCUAAAACUUUCUGAUAUUGGAAUCAUUGAAGUCAAUGAAGCUUUCGCUGUUCAAUAUUUAGCUGUAGAAAAGGAAUUAGGAUUAAAUCGUCAAAUCACAAAUACAAAUGGAGGUGGUAUUGCUAUAGGUCAUCCACUUGCUGCAUCGGGCUCUCGUAUUUUAGCGCAUUUGGUUAGCGAACUACAUAGAACAGAAAAUCAAUAUGCCAUUGGAUCUGCUUGUAUUGGCGGUGGACAAGGUAUUAAUUACUUAGUUCUUUAUUCACUUUAA